UUCAUUUGUAUAAUCCUCAGUGUUCUACUGCUAUGCAUAGUGAGAAUCUAUAGUAUUUUGCCAAAUAGAAGACUCGCACAUAAAAAAAUGAUAGGAAGACGAGUAAAUUCUUGUCGAACUUGCAUCUUCCUUGGCUCAGAAAUUUUAUAGGCGGGCAUACAGCAGAGAUGUUACAACUUGUCAAAUCUCUGGAACCAAUUAAAUAUACCCCUCGUGUUUAUUUGGUUGCUAAAACGGACCGUUUAAGUGAACAAAAAGCUAUUCAAUAUGAACAGAGUCUAGAAUCCAAGGGACAGUAUUAUAUUCAUCGAAUCCCCAGGGCAAGAGAGGUAGGCCAAUCUUGGUCGACCGUUCCAUUUUCUGUGUUGUAUGCAAUAGUGGCAUCUGUUAAAAUCUUUUUGCGAACUUCGCCAGAACUAAUUUUAUGUAACGGACCUGGUAGCUGCAUACCCAUUUGUUUAUUAGCCUAUAUACCAAGGUUCUUAGGCAUCAAGAAGAUUGAAAUUAUCUAUAUCGAAUCAUUUGCGCGUGUGCAAUCGCUUUCUUUGACGGGAAGACUUCUAUAUCCAUUUGUAGAUCGAUUUUUGGUUCAGUGGCCGCAGUUGAGUCAGACAUUGGAUAAAGCUGAGUAUAAGGGCGUCUUGGUGUGAUAAUAACAAAAUGACGAUGCUUUGAAGUUACAGAGAAGUACACAAGGAAACAGUCAAAGUAACGUACACAUAGACAAAUUGACUAAUUCACAUUUGCGCCUACAUACAACACGUGGAUGUAAUCUGUAAAAUGUUAUUGGCCUAUUUAAGCUUUUUGGCCACCCUGUAAUGUUUAUCUACUGUAACCAUCGAAAUAACCCAGCAACGUUUUGUUCAUCGUCCUUUGUAAUAUGGCUGAUACAGGGAAAAAAAAUCCCUUUUUUGUUUGUUUCAUCGAUCCACAUGUACUAGUGGAC